AUGGCAUAUACGGCGGUGACAAAAGCCUUAAAAACCCUAAACCCCACCGUUCUCCGAGUCCUCACCUCCCAAAGCCGCCACUUGAGCGGCGUAGCCAUCGCCGGCCAACCGGAACCUGACAGCCCAUCUUCAUCCUUCACCUUUUCCUCUAACGAAAAUGUACCCACCUCGAUAUCCAAUAAAGAUAACAAUAUAUACAUUAAAAACCCCAAAAAGACAGAAUCUUCUGUUACAAUGCCGAUUUCAUUCAUGACUGGGUCGAUCGUUGGCGGAAGGUUCUACAAAAAGGUGACUACUAGAGAGGCUGAUGAUGGAAAUGGAUGGAAUGUUAUGUUGGAUUAUAGAACCCUAAAAACCCCUUCAAAGAGACCUCUCAAGUGUCCAACUUUAGCUCUUGCUAAAGCCAUUGCUGCUGAAUGGGAGUUUCAGCAAAUAGAUGGAAUCAGGCCAUUUACAAUGCCUCUGAUGAAACUUACAUGCACUGCAUUGGAAAGAGUGCCACUUACUCGGCACAAAAUUAUCGAAUAUUUGAUGAAAAAGUUCCAUCAAGAUUUGGUAUUCUGCCGUGCUCCAGGAGACAGUGAUCUAACAAGCAAUGUUCUAGGACGCCAAGUAGAGAAGCUUGAUCCAUUACUCAAUUGGGUUGAGUCAGAAUUUGGUUUUAAGCCUAUUGUAUAUUCCAGUUUUUUUGGUGGCAAACAAGAAGGUGGUCUGGUUGAUGCCAUUGAGAACCUUCUGAAAAAGACAGAUGAUUGUGAGUUGGCGGCAAUUGAUGCAAUCGCUGCUUCUGCGCAUUCUUUAGUCAUUGCACUUGGAAUCUUUCGUGGUCGAUUGGACAUAGAGGAGGCCAUUAAGUUGAUCAGACUAGAGGAAGAUUUACAGGUCGACCGAUGGGGUUUAGUUGAAGGUGGCCACGAUGUUGAUAUUGCUGAUCUUAGAGUACAAGUCUCAUCUGCUACUGUGUUUCUCGGACUUUCAAGGAAGCAUUAG